AUGAGACAUCACGGGCGACGAGGUGGGAGGCACCGGCCGGCGUUCCGGGCCGGCCCGUGGAAGAAAGCCCACGCCACUUUCUACGAGGGCAACACCCGAACCUACGGCGGCGCGUGCGAUUACACGGACGUGGUGGGGGAAGGAUACGGCAUGAACACGGCGGCGCUCAGCAACGCUCUUUUUAAGGACGGCAGGGUCUGCGGCGCGUGCUUCCAGAUCGAGUGCGUCGACGACCCGCAGUGGUGCAAACCGGGCCAGCCGCCUCUGUUGGUCACGGCUACGGAUCUCUGCCCGCCCAACCCGUUCCAGCCCAGCGACAACGGCGGGUGGUGCAACCCGCCCCGGGAGCAUUUCGACAUCGCCAUGCCCGUCUUUGACCACCUCGCCGAGUUCAAGGCCGGAAUCAUCCCCGUCCAAUAUCGCCGGGUGCCAUGCAGGAAGCGAGGUGGGAUCCGGUUCACGAUGAACGGCAACCAGUGGUUCUACGAGGUCAUCGUGUCCAACGUGGGAGGAGCCGGCGACAUCGUCGGCGUUCAGGUGAAGGUCGACAAGAGCAGGCUCCGGUGGACGUCGCUGGACCACGACUGGGGCGCCACGUGGAAGACCGGCUUCCCUCUGCAAGGGAAGACGCUGAGCUUCCGGGUGAAAUCGAGCGACGGAAGGUACAUGACUUCUAUGCACGUCGUCCCUAGCAACUGGCAGUUCGGCCAGACUUUCGAGGGCCGGAACUUCAAGUCCGGGGGAAGAAGAAGAAGGAACUUCAAGUCCGGAGGAAGGAGAAGGAAGGGUGUUGGCCAACUUUAG